CCACUUUUAUCCACUAAGUGACAGUUUGAUGGCCACACCCACACCACACAAUUCAAAGCUUUCACCCAAUUCACCCUUAAUUGAAAAUAAAGUGAUAACAAAAUGAUUAACAUCGACCGUUCAUUCACAGUGACAUCUUCUGAAAAAUCACCAACCACCACCCUCUCUCUUUCCCUCUGCGAUCAAAUCAAGCUCCCUAAUCACGGUUCCCAGCUUUAUCUCUUCACCAAAACCAAACUUCACCCUUCAACAAACAUUCUCAUUACCUCUCUCUCCAAAACACUCUCUUACUACUAUCCCUUCGCAGGUCGAUUAAUCUUGAUCAAAGAAACAAACCACUUCCAACUUCUUUGCAACAACAAAGGUGCACACUUCUUAGAAGCCACUUCUGAUCUCACUUUAAACGACUUAUUCGCCACUAGUUUCGAUUCCAACCAUGCUGUCCAAAAACUACUCCCAAAAGUUAACUAUGAUGUUCCACUUGAACAUGUUCCUUUGUUGGUUGUUCAACUCACCAAGUUCCCUUGUGGGUCCCACACUCUCGGUCUUGCUCUUUGUCGAUCUGUUCUUGAUGGUUUCUCCCUAGUUAAUUUCAUUACCUCAUGGGCAAAACUUGCUCAAGGAAAGAUUUUAGAUUCUAGUUUGAUCCCAUUUCUAGAUCCAUCUCACUUAGAUUCCAAAAUCCUUCAUUUACCACCACGUUUUCAACAUCAUGAGUUUUCUCCACCACCCCUUUGGGAAAGGUGUAAUAGUAAUACUAAUAACCUAUAUGCAACAACCACGUUAAAACUCACAAAAAACCAAGUUAACAAACUCAAGAACAAGGUACGAGGUUAUACUAGUUUUGAGGUUAUCUGUGGUUACUUAUGGAGAUGUGUUUGUAAAGUGCGGUUUGAUGGAAAUUGGAACCAACCAACAAGGUUAACAACUUUGGUUAACUGUAGAAACAGGUUGAAUCCACCUCUUCCUAAGAAUUAUUUUGGGAAUGCGACUUUUCCAACGGUGACAAAUGUUUGUUCAUUUGAUGAUGUUGUUCACGAGCCUUUACGUUACGUGGUUGGGAGAGUGAGGGAAGCUAUUGAGAAGAUGAAUGAUGAGUAUGUGAGAUCUGCUCUUGACUAUGUUGAAAAUCAGAAAGAUAUGAGUUUGUUAAGGGACAGGUUUUACAACUUUGCUAGAAGAAAUGGACAAUUGGGUGGUGACCCGAAUUUGUAUGUUGUUGGAUGGACUAAUUUUGGGUUUCAUGAGAGUGAUUUUGGGUGGGGGAAACCUGAUAGUUUGGUUACUGGGAUUGUUGACUCUGGUGGAAUUGGUAAGGCUUUUGUUCUUGAUGAUGCAAAUGGUGAUGGCUUUGUUGUGACUAUUUGUUUGCAACCUUUACAUAUAGAGGCUUUGAAGAAGUUGUUUUAUGAGGAUAUGGAGAUGAUCUCUAGUUCCAAACUGUGAUGAUAUUGUCGAAAUCUUGCAUUUUGCUCUGUCAAAUAAAUGUUGUGGAGGGGACAUUUUUUUUUAAUGUUGUGGGUUGUAUUAGUCUUUUUUUGUUGUUGAGGUUUUUGUUUCAUUUGGAAUUGAAAAUAUUGACAAACUCAAACUACCAUAAUAACCAAACUGGAAUUGGUCUUCCAAAUUGUGCACUAAACACCAUAUCAUGUGUGUCUCAUGUUUGUAAAUGCACUACUAUCAAUAUUUAGAAUACAAGUAUCAUUGCCACAAUGUUAUCAACAAACUUUUUUUAGAAGACGUAAAGAGA